AUGGCUUCCAACGAGGAACUGGCUUGCGUAUACGCUGCCCUGAUUCUCCAAGACGAUGAAGUCGCGAUCACCGGCGACAAGAUCUCCACCCUCCUAAAGGCCGCCAAGGUUGAGGUCGAGCCCUACUGGCCCGGUCUUUUCGCCAAGGCCCUCGAAGGAGUCGAUGUCAAGAACCUGAUCACCUCGGUCUCUUCUGGCGCCGGAUCCGGAGGAGCCCCCGCUGCUGCUGCCGCUCCGGCCGCCGCCGCCGCUGCUCCCGCGGAGGACAAGAAGAAGAAGGAAGAGCCUAAGGAGGAAUCUGACGACGAUAUGGGAUUCGGCCUCUUCGAC